AUUCAAUGUUGUUAUAGGAGACGAGAUUCACCAGUGUUAUUAGCUGUGGAAUUGUGAGUUUAGGGCAAAAAUGGCUAGAGAAAAAUCCAGCAAGGACAAUGCACAAGCUCUCUUCCAUUCUCUUCGUUCUGCUUAUGCUGCCACUCCUGUCAAUCUCAAGAUCAUUGAUCUAUAUGUGGGUUUCGCAGUCUUCACAGCUCUGAUUCAGGUGGUUUACAUGGCUAGUGUGGGAUCAUUUCCUUUCAAUUCCUUUCUUUCUGGAGUGCUUUCUUGUGUUGGGACAGCCGUCCUUGCUGUUUGUCUUCGUAUUCAAGUGAACAAGGAAAACAAGGAAUUCAAGGAUCUACCACCUGAGCGAGCUUUUGCAGAUUUUGUUCUUUGCAACUUGGUGCUCCAUUUGGUGAUCAUGAAUUUCCUUGGAUAAAACCGUUUCACCAGGUUUCCUGGAGUGCUGUUUCCUCAGUUUCUGCCAGUGAUUCAUAAUUAUAACGUGAACUGAAAUUCUUAGGUCAUCAAUAUGUGCCUGUGCGUGCAGCCUAAUCCGAACUGUAGCUUGUGCAUGCAGCAUCUGCAUAAUCCGGUUGGGACUGUAGUAGAAUUGUUUAAUUUUAUCAUUGGCUAAAGAAUUUCAAGAUCAGUUUAUGGGAAACAA